CAGGAGUAGAAAUCGGCACCUCUCAUUGGGAACCGGACAACCUUGACAUACGCGUACAGAGAGAAACCCAUCGCUUCGUCAAACGUGUGAUACAACGAACACCCUUAGAUCCGUAUUCCACGUGCCACCUACAUACGCCUUCUCCCUCUUCCGUCCUCACCUUCUCAAUCUCCCGCAAUCCUCACUCUCACGCAUUGUUACUUGCAUGUGAAAUUUUCAGUCUCUUUCUUUUCUCUGUGUUUCAAUGGCGGGGAAUGAGUGGAUAAAUGGGUACUUGGAGGCAAUUUUGGAUACUGGGGCAUCAGCAAUUGAGGAGAAUAAACCAACACCAGCGAAUUUGAGAGAAAAUGAUAAUUUCAAUCCAACAAAGUAUUUUGUUGAAGAAGUGGUGAGUGGUGUUGAUGAGACUGAUCUUCAUAGGACAUGGAUCAAAGUGGUGGCGACGAGAAACACCAAAGAAAGGAGUUCAAGACUCGAAAACAUGUGCUGGCGCAUUUGGCAUCUUACCCGGAAAAAGAAGCAGUUGGAAUGGGAGGACCUCCAAAGAUUGGCAACCUGGAGGUGGGAACGAGAACAGGGACUAAAGGAUGUGACUGAGGACAUGUCGGAAGAUUUGUCUGAAGGCGAGAAAGGAGAUGUUUCGGGAGAGGCGAUUUCACUUGACAGCCCAAGGAAAAAGUCCCAACCAAACGUUUCCAAUUUGGAUGUAUGGUCUGAUAGUAACAAGGAGAAGAAGCUUUACAUUGUCCUUAUCAGUUUGCAUGGUUUGGUUCGUGGUGAAAAUAUGGAGCUUGGCCGGGAUUCUGACACUGGUGGUCAGGUUAAAUAUGUAGUCGAGCUUUCUCGAGCGUUGGCCAAGAUGCCAGGGGUAUACAGGGUGGAUCUGUUCACCCGUCAAGUUUCCUCACCUGAAGUGGAUUGGAGUUACGGUGAGCCUACAGAGAUGCUUAGUACAGGCCCCGAGGAUGCAGACGGUGCUGAUCUUGGAGAAAGCAGUGGGGCUUAUAUUGUAAGAAUACCUUUUGGUCCUCGAGACAAGUAUCUUAGGAAGGAAUUAUUGUGGCCUCAUAUUCAAGAAUUUGUAGAUGGAGCGCUGGCUCAUAUUCUUAAUAUGUCUAAGGCUUUGGGUGAACAAAUUCGUGGGGGACAGCCCGUUUGGCCGUAUGUAAUUCAUGGGCACUAUGCGGAUGCAGGGGAUAGUGCGGCUCUUCUUUCAGGUGCUUUAAAUGUUCCAAUGGUUCUAACGGGGCACUCACUUGGUAGAAACAAGCUAGAACAGCUCCUUAAACAGGGAAGGCAAUCAAAAGAGGAUAUUAAUUCGAUGUACAGGAUUAUGAGGAGGAUAGAAGCAGAAGAACUUUCAUUAGACGCUGCAGAGCUUGUUAUUACAAGCACUAAGCAGGAGAUUGAAGAACAAUGGGGCCUAUAUGAUGGAUUUGAUGUAAAACUUGAGAAAGUUUUAAGGGCUCGUGCAAGGCGUGGGGUCAAUUGCCAUGGUCGUUUCAUGCCCAGGAUGGCAGUAAUUCCUCCUGGAAUGGACUUUAGCAAUGUGGUUCAAGAAGAUAUUGCUGAAGCUGAUGGGGACCUUGCAAUACCAACUAACAAUGAUGUAGCAUCCCCAAAAGUAGUUCCUGCUAUAUAUUCAGAUGUCUUGCGUUUUCUGACAAAUCCACACAAACCAAUGAUCCUUGCACUGUCAAGACCAGAUCCAAAAAAGAAUUUAACCACUCUUGUGAAAGCAUUCGGAGAAUGCCGCCCCCUACGAGAGCUUGCUAAUCUUACUCUUAUUAUGGGAAAUAGAGACGACAUAGAUGAGAUGUCCACUGGAAAUGCUGGUGUGCUGAUGACGGUGUUAAAACUGGUUGAUAAAUAUGAUCUUUAUGGGCAAGUGGCUUUCCCUAAACAUCACAAGCAAAGUGAUGUUCCAGAAAUUUACCACCUUGCUGCCAAAACAAAGGGAGUUUUCAUAAAUCCAGCUUUCAUUGAGCCCUUUGGACUUACCUUGAUCGAGGCUGCAGCGCAUGGACUCCCUAUGGUGGCAACUAAGAACGGUGGUCCAGUUGAUAUCCAUGGGGCACUGAACAAUGGUCUGCUCGUGGACCCUCAUGAUCAGAAAGCAAUUGCUGAUGCACUGCUCAAGUUAGUAUCAGAGAAAAAAUUGUGGGAAGAGUGCAGAAGGAAUGGGUGGAAGAACAUACACCUUUUUUCAUGGCCUGAACAUUGCAGAACAUACUUAACAAGGGUUGCAGCAUGUCGGAUGAGGCAUCCACAAUGGCAAACCGACACUCCAGCAGACGAUCAAGCUGCAGAAGAAUCCCUGAAUGAUUCUCUUAAAGACGUGCAAGAUAUGUCUCUAAGGCUCUCUGUCGAUGGGGAAAAACCUUCACUAAAUGAAUCACUUGGUGUGGGUACGGCUGGCGAUGAUCCUGAGCUUCAGGACCAAGUUAUGCGAGUUUUGAGCAAAAUGAAGAGGCAAGAAUCGGCGGCACAUGAUUCUGAAGGUGAUCGAACCGUUCAAAAUGUUCCAAGCAAGUAUCCUAUGUUGAGACGGAGACGUAAAUUGAUUGUUAUAGCAUUAGAUUGUUAUGACAGCAGUGGAGCUCCUGAAAAGAAAAUGAUUCAAAUAGUGCAAGAAACUUUUAAGGCCAUCAAGAUAGAUCCACAAAUCGCAAGAUUAUCGGGAUUUGCAUUAUCAACAGCUAUGUCAAUGUCGGAAUUGACAGAAUUUUUGAAGUUGGGGAAUAUUAAAGUAAAUGAUUUUGAUGCUUUGAUCUGUAGUAGUGGUAGUGAAGUGUAUUAUCCAGGUACUUACACUGAAGAAUACGGAAAGCUUUGCCCAGAUCCUGAUUACGUGUCUCAUAUUGAUUAUCGCUGGGGAUCAGAUGGCUUGAAGAAGACCAUUUGGAAGCUGAUGAAUACAUCAGAAGGUGGAGAGAAAAACUCCGCCAUCGAAGAAGAUGUGAAAUCAAGCAAUUCCCAUUGCCUAUCCUACUUGAUAAAGGAUCCCAGUAAGGCAAAGAAAGUUGAUGAUAUGAGGCAGAAGCUUCGGAUGAGGGGUCUUCGUUGCCAUUUAAUGUAUUGCAGAAACUCCACAAGAAUGCAAGUUAUUCCUCUCCUUGCAUCACGAUCACAGGCUCUCAGGUACCUUUUUGUUCGGUGGAGGUUAAACGUGGCAAAUAUGUAUGUGAUUCUUGGUGAAACAGGAGACACAGAUUAUGAAGAACUAAUUGCUGGUACUCACAAAACACUGAUAAUGAAAGGAGUUGUCGAAAAAGGUUCUGAGGAACUGCUCAGAACGGCCGGAAGCUACCUAAGAGACGAUAUAGUUCCAGUAGAUACCCCGUUAAUCGCCUACGUUAGUGGACAGGCAACAGCAAAAGAGAUUGCAAAUACAUUAAGGCAGAUCUCUGGAGCAGGAAUGUGAGGCAAAAUCUCCAUUUUUUGUCGUUAAAAAUCAAAAUCCCAUCAUUAUUUUUUACUGCAUGUAAUAUGUUGAUCUCGGUUAUUUGGACUUGGGUUAUUGCACACGUGUGCAAAAUGAUGAUUCCCAUGGUUGUUAAAUACUUGGGUUCUUAUUGUGUUAUUGACAUGGAUUAUCUUCCCUGGUUUUAGAAAACAGUCUUGAAGUGGAAAAAGAAAUUUUGCCAA